AGCGGCCAAUUACGUUUCGUUAGUCGUUAAAACAGUUAACACCUUUCAGGCUUCAUUCAGACUUCAGCUCAGUCAUUCAGGCAUUGAGAGGCACGGAGAAUGGCAGAGAAGGGGAACCCGGCGAACAAGGUGGCCAUCGUGGCGGUGCCGUUCCCGGCGCAGGGUCACCUCAACCAGGUGCUGCACCUGUCGCUCCAGCUCGCGUCGUCGUCGCACGGGCUCGCGGUCCACUACGCUGCGCCGGCGCCGCAGCUCCGCCAGGCGCGGGCGCGCGUGCACGGCUGGGACGACAAGGCCCUCCUCUCCGUCCAGUUCCACGACCUCGGCAUCUCCACGUACGUCUCUCCGCCUCCCGACCCCACCGCCGACACGCCCUUCCCCUCCCACCUCAUGCCCCUCUGGGAGGCGUACACCGCGGACGCGCGCGCCCCGCUCUCGGCGCUCCUUGACGAGCUAUCCGCUUCCCACCGUCGGGUCGUCGUCGUGUGCGACACCAUCAAUUCCUUCGCUGUCGAGGAGGCGGCGCGGCUGCCCAACGGUGAGGCGUUCCCGGUGAGCUGCGUAGCCGUGUCGGCCCUCGCCCUUCACAUAGACACCGGGCAUCGGCUCCUGCGUGAGAACGGCCUCAAUCAUGCCCCCUUGGAAACCUACAUGACGCAGGAGUUCCUGGACUACGCGAGCGAACGUGCCCGAGCGUCGGAAUCGAUUUUGUCCGGCGCCGGCAUCCUCGCGAACGCGAGCCGAGCACUCGAGGGCGAUUUCAUCGACGAUUUGGCUGAGACUCUGGCUGCCGGCGGCAAGAAGCUCUUCGCAAUCGGUCCGUUGAACCCACUGCUCAACACGGGCUCGUCGGAGCAGGGCAGGCGGCGACACGAGUGCCUUGACUGGCUCGACAGGCAGCCCCCGGAUUCUGUGCUCUACGUGUCGUUCGGCACGACGUGCUCUCUUCGAGUUGAGCAGGUCGCGGAGCUCGCAGCGACACUGCGCGGCAGCAAGCAGCGGUUCAUCUGGGUCAUGCGCGACGCCGACCGCGGCAACAUAUUCACGGACACCGGCGAGGGCGAGACCCGGCACGCCAAGCUUCUGUCCGAGUUCUCCAAGCAAACCGAAGGCACGGGGAUGGUGAUCACUGGGUGGGCGCCGCAGCUGGAGAUCCUGGCGCACGGCGCCACGGCGGCGUUCAUGAGCCACUGCGGCUGGAACUCGACCAUGGAGAGCAUGAGCCACGGGAAGCCGAUUCUGGCGUGGCCCAUGCACUCCGACCAGCCGUGGGACGCGGAGCUGGUGUGCAAAUACUUCAAGGCAGGUCUCCUAGUGAGGCCAUGGGAGAAGCACGGCGAGGUUUUGCCGGCGGCCACUAUACAGGAGGUGAUCAAGAAGAUGAUGGCCUCCGAUGAAGGAUUGGCGGUGCGGCAGCGCGCGAAGGCGCUCGGUGAUGCCGUCCGUUCAUCGCGCAAUGAUCUGGAGGACUUCAUUGCUCACAUCACAAGGUGAUCGAAGAAUAACCCCGUGUCAAAAAAAAAUACAGCUUUAAACUUUUUCAGUAGUAGCAGUUUGUAUUGAAUUUGACUAUUUGAGUUAAGCAGGGUCUAGUAAAAUAGUUGACUAUUUGAGUUAAGCAGGGUCUAGUAAAAUAGUUUUCAGUCCUACAAAUCAAGUGACUCUAUGGUUGAAUCAAAUAAACAUAUGGUGGUGUAAACUUGGGGAUAUCAGAUAUCCAACUAUUUCCAUUGAGUAAUUUUAUCAUCCUUAAAAAGUACUGUAAAA